ACGGUUGUAGUGACGUCACGGCAGCUGAAGGGCACGUUGCCCUUCACGUGCGCUCCGUGCUCUUCGUGCUCCCUCGGCGGCCCUCCAGGACGCAUGCGCCACAGCUUCUUGUUCACAUUGAGCAUGCUCCAAGGAAAUGCUGCGGGGGGGCAAGGAAGAGGGGGCGCGUGCGUCGGGCCCUGCUCGCGGGCAAGGCUCGAGGACGCGCGAGCGCCGCCCGCGCAGGAGCCAGACGCGCAUGCGUGACAGGCUCCGGGACGGGCUCGCGGGCGGGGGCGGAGCCUGGCGCAGUCCGGCGCGAGCGCUGCAGUCCCGACAUGGCGGCCCAUCGGCUCGUGCUGCUGCGGCACGGCGAGAGCGCCUGGAACCUGGAGAACCGCUUCAGCGGCUGGUACGACGCCGACCUCAGCGCGGCCGGCAGCCAGGAGGCGCAGCGCGGCGGGGAGGCGCUGAGAGAUGCCGGCUACGAGUUCGACAUCUGUUUCACCUCUGUCCAGAAGCGGGCAAUCCGCACUCUCUGGAUAGUGCUGGAUGCCAUCGACCAGAUGUGGCUGCCUGUGGUGAGGACCUGGCGCCUCAAUGAAAGGCACUACGGUGGCCUCACGGGCCUCAACAAGGCUGAGACAGCUGCUAAGCACGGGGAGGCCCAGGUGAAGAUCUGGAGGCGUUCCUUUGAUGUCCCACCGCCCCCCAUGGAACCGGACCACCCUUUCUACAGCACCAUCAGCAAGGACCGUCGUUAUGCCGACCUGACCGAGGACCAACUGCCGACCUGCGAGAGCCUGAAGGACACCAUUGCCCGGGCCCUGCCCUUCUGGAACGAAGAGAUCGUCCCCCAGAUCAAGGAGGGAAAGCGAGUUCUCAUUGCUGCCCAUGGCAACAGCCUGCGAGGGAUUGUUAAGCACCUGGAUGGCAUGUCUGAAGAGGCCAUCAUGGAGCUCAACCUGCCCACUGGCAUCCCCAUAGUCUACGAGCUGGACAAGAACCUGAAGCCCAUCACGCCCAUGCAGUUCCUGGGGGAUGAGGAGACGGUUCGCAAGGCCAUGGAGGCUGUAGCGGCUCAGGGCAAAGCCAAGAAGUGAAGGCAGGUAGUGGAGGCUUGUGAGCAGUAGAUGAGCCCCCUUCCUCCCCUCCCCUGCACACACUGCCCACAGCCAUAA